AAGGAGGAAGAUGCCCUGAUUUCUUGACAAAAGAGAGAUAGGAGCAUGAAAACUCAGGAAAGAGUAUUUCCAAAUUCCCAUCACUAGAUCCUAUCAAAAAACUCUACCGAAAGAAUGCAAUUACUAUAAAAACAUGUCGGAAUAUCUAACGAUAAACCGCGUCCUAUUGGCGGCAAAAGAAGGAGACCUGGAGGGGCUGGAAACUCUUAGGAAUAACCAAGAGCUCGUGUCUGACAUUCGCGAUGUGUUUGGUGCCACAUGUAUACAUUAUGCAGCACGUGGUGGGCACGUAAAGGUUUUAAAAUUUUUGGUUGAAAAAUGUCGAAUAAAAGGUAACGCUCGUUCAUUUGUUCGAGCCACUCCCGCCCACGAUGCUGCAGUUAUGGGUAGAAUGAACUCCCUUGAGUGGCUUCUGAAGCACACCGAGUGUAAUGUGUGGGACAGAGACAACGAUGGCGCUACUGUCUUACAAGUAGCAGCUAGGUACGGACGGCGUAGUGUUGUGCGGUGGCUCUUGCGAGAAGGACGGAUGUCUGUUUUAGAGAGAACCAGUACGGGAGCAUUAGCUUUACACUACGCCAGCUCCAAAGGGUGUUUGGAGUGUGUUAAGCUUAUUGUGGAGACAUGCCCAGAACUAAG